GGGCAUGUUUAAAAAAAAAAAAAAAAAAAAAAAAAAAGAAGCAGUAUCAGGAACUGGUAGUGAAACUUCAUCUCCAAAAGGAGCAAGGGGCCAGAGGGACUAGUUGGAGAGCUACCUUGCCAAUGGAGCUCAUACCGCUGGAUCAGGCAGCAGUGAACAUCAGAUCGGUGGGAUGGAUCAACACCCCAAAUGCAAGAAGAUCAUCACUGGAUGAAUACUCCACCAAGCUGGGGGUCUCUAUUCUGAGAUCUAAGGGAGUUCACAAGGCAGGAGGACCGUCGACGGUUGAUAAUCAUCCAACUUUGGAGUCACUUGCUGAUCGGUCUGCGUCCGAUAUUCGUGGCCGAAAGAUAGAAGUGGAUAAUAAGGGCUUUGAUAAAGCAGACAAGGGACAGCAUCGGCAGGUUGAGAAGAGUGCACCAUCUGCAUCCGGAGGAUCACUACAAAGGAGGCCAUCACUCGAAAAAGGUGAUGGUCCUGCAGACGCUGACGUGUCAGAGAUGGACAAAACCCUUUUGGGUGUGGUAAGCUAACCCGGUCCCAUUGGGAAUUCAGUUACCAGGCG